ACGCCCCCAAUAGUGCUCGUGAAGAGCUUGCAGCCGGUCAGUCAGCAUGCAGUCAAGCAGUCAGUGCUGCACAGUCGCCACGCAAGUUCACGUCGUUAGACCCGAUGGUUUCUACUGGCCGGCUGCAUUAGAAGGCAGGUGUUCUACAGACAUGUUUACUGUGACCUUCGACAAUGGGCAGAGGGCUGAAGUGCCUCGUGACUGCAUCGUCGGAACGGGUUUCCAGACCCUCAACGAUGUCCAUCUCAAGCGCGGACAGAGAGUUGUCUGCUGCAUCGGCGGACACGAGCUAGAGGCGGAUGUCAUUGACCAGCAACGUGGUUCUGUGUCGGUAGCGCUCAACGACGGAAGGGAAGUGGUCGUGCAGAAUAACGAUUUGCGGUUCGUGUCUUGGCGUCGUCGUGGCUCUCUCGACGAUGGCUACACGUCUGCUUCACCAGACACUCUCUCAUUGUCCGGGUUGAGUCCCAAGCUCGAGAAACGGCUGGCCGAUGCACGCAACGCCAAGACGGAACGAGAAGCGGAGAACAUUCUCAACGAGUGCACGGCCGCUCUUGUUCUAACGUCGCUCAGCAGCUCGCCCAUGUCUUGGGAUGGAGGCCCCAUCAAAGCACCUGAAUCGCCAGUUUGGAAGGGAAAACGACAACCACCUCCGGCUUCUCCAUUGGCUUGCGCGGCAACCGCUAACUUACGGGUGGGGCGUUAUCCAAGUCCCUCCCCCUGUAGCACUCCUACGCCGCCUCCAGAGCACGAACCAUGCGACGAUGUGACCGCAGGUCACUCGCCUCUCCUCGCCAGAGACACUCGCUCUUAUUCUCCGGCACUUGUUAGUGACAGUGCGAAGUAUCAAUUCAAUUUUCCAAGCCCCACCGCAUCGUCUGGAGAUGCGUCCGUGUGGAGUAUGGCCGCAUUGAGUUCACCCCUCCGAAAAGCCGAAUUCGUCUACAAGUCACAGCCAAUCACAAUCCCUCAUUCCGGCACGCGGAUACACCCGUAUGUGGACGAGAGAGCAUUUACUCCGCCGAAAGCCGAUUUGCCGAUUCUCUAUCGACAAGGUGCCGAUCAAGACCAACUGGGUCGCGGUCGUCCGCAGUAUGCGGCGAGUUCUCCGGUUAGAAAAAUCAGGACAGACGGUAGGAAGUGUCGGAAAGUGUACGGGAUGGAAAACAAGCUUUUGUGGUGUACGCAAUGUAAAUGGAAGAAAGCCUGCACACGUUUUAUCGACUGAAAGAGUGACGGAAGAUGCCUACGCCCAGUGUAUUGACUGAAUUUCACUGGGUGUGGUUGUACAUUGUAAAUCAUAUGUUAUAUAUAUAUAAAUAUAUAUUCUUAGUCAUAAGUAAAAUAUGUUUAUUUUGUUAAACUGAUUUUGGUAGAGGUAGUAGACCGUAAUAUCUACAGUUGAACAAUACAAUUUUAAUAAUACUGUUAUUA